AUGGGUGACCGUGGCUCCGCCUUGUGCCUCUCUCUUGUCUCAUUCAAGGGAAUGAGGAGCCGGGUGGACAAACUGUUCCUCUGGGCUCUUUUUCUUUCUACCACACUUCAAAAUGCUGCAGUGGAUGAUAAGAAGAAAAAAAUAAAAGAAUUACCUUGUCCAAACUUAUACUCAAAUAUGACCGUGGUCAGAAUAGGCCAAAAGGUACCUCUGACUUGCUUCUGCAAGAAUACGUCAGGAGACAUCACUUAUUUGCUAUUUUUGGGUAAGAGACACCUCGAUAGCAAGAAAAGACGAGGGAAGGACGUGACUUUUCACCCGAAGAUCUCCAGCGCCAGCGAAACAGGCCCCUACAAAUGCAAAGCCAAUGUUUCCAGCGUGUGGAAAUACAGUCAAGAAUUCAACUUCACCAUCGCCGCCAAAGAAGAGAGCUGUCCUUCCUGUCUGCCGCCGCCGCUGCUCCUGGGGCUGUUCCUGGGGCUGCUGCUAAUAAUCCUAGUCCUGGGUUUUUUGAUUCAAUCAAAAUGCAGAAAAAGAAAAGCUCUGAGAGGGAAUAUGUCCAAGGGCUCUGGAGAAGAGCAAGGUGCGCUGUAUGCAAACAUCAGUGAAACUCAAACAGACGCAGAGCAACCUCAGGAGCUGCACUAUGCCACGCCUGUCUUCAGGGAGGUGGCAUCCCGAGAACAAGUUUCAGAAGGCUGUGAGGCUAGAAAAGCUGAUUACAUCUAUUCUGAACUCACCCACUAGGGUGUGAAGAUACUGCAUCCCAGCUUAAAGGACUUUCCAGGAAGCUGAUGUGUUCGAAGAAACAGGAAAUUCACCUGGCACUUCAUAGUUUCACCCUAGGGGCCAGGGCAGGAGGAUACCAGGUUUGAGGCGAGCUGGGUCUACAGAAAAAGACCCUGUCUUACAGCACAAAGCCUGGUCCCCUGAAGUGAAUUUGUGUUUUUCACAUCGGCUGAACACGUUCUUUAGGCUAAUUUGGGCAUCUAAUCUUGUCAUCAAAGGCUUGAAAAUAGUUGUAAAAUACUUUGGUUUUGUGCGCUUCCACCUUUCUCCCUUUCCAACACAAUUUUAAAAGGAAUUACCUUGGGGCUAAGGAAGUGUCUCAGCAGUUAUGCGCACGUACUGAUCUUCCCAAGGAUGAGGGGAGUUUAAUUCCCAGUAUCCACAUCCCUCAACUCACAGGUGCCAAUGUUUCCCAAGAGUCCAUCUUCCUCUUCUGGCAAUUGUAGGUAUUUCAUUCGGGUGCACAGAUAUACACCUAAACACAUAAUUAAAAAUAAAAAAAAUCUAUGGCCAUACCAC